AUGCAAACAAGCUCCACACGACAACCAGAGCCCAGUUACUCCACAGACGUCUUAGCUAAACUAGCACAGCUAAACAUCCGCCAAGAAGGAAUAGAAAAACAUGUGCUAAACUUCCAAACUCAGCUAGACAACAACAAAAAGGUACCCGAGGUUUUGACAAACCCACAAAGCUCUCCUGUCAGGCCUACAUCCUACCCAGCUCAGCUGAACCAAACCAAGAAAAGCAAGACUUCAGGAGACCUACCUAAAAUAAGAACACAGCUAGAUCACAAAUCUAACACUGAAGAUGCCAUAUUCCUUGACUACAGCAAAGCCUUCUACUGCCUUAGCCACAACCACCUGCUAUCAAAACUAGCCACGCUUGGAAUACGAGGACAAUCCCUGGAAUGGUUCCGAAGCUAUCUCACAGGACGAAACCAGAUGACAGAAGUGAAAUACACCGCCAAAGGAGUUACACGCCAAAUAUGCUCAGGACUACAAGCCAUCACUCGAGGAGUGCCGCAAAGCUCUGUUCUAGGGACCAGUCCUCUUUAUCCUCUACACAAACGAUUUUCCUCAGUACAUGGAGGAUUUCAGCAGUACACUGAUGUAUGCUGA